AUCCUGAAAGAGUAAACGAGAGAGAGAGAGAGAGAGAGAGAGGAGCCCUCCCCCAAAUGACAUCAGUGCCCUUUUGAAGCGGAGCUAGAGGCAGCUUCAACUUCACACUUGUAGUGGUCUCUGUGUGAGCAAUAUGCCAAUAUGCCGCGGGAACAGCCAGAUUCCCUCUCGCUGAAUAUACUUCGCACAGGCUAGUGUUCAAUGCAAGCUUUACCAUCCUCGGAACUGAAGACUUAAACCGGCUUUUUCACAACCUAUUCUUUUUAACUGGAUUUUUGUUGUUUUUUAAAGGAUGCUAUGUGCAGUUUUGUUUCCUUAUACAACAGAGACUGACUCAAGGAGCGGACAUGGGGAAGCAUCUCCAACCACGCUGCAUAUCUGACGGCACGGCUCCGUGACUCCGUUCUCGGCCUUUGCCGUGUGGCGAAGGGUGGAGUAAUGGCAAGAGAGUAUCUGCAAAGAAUUGCUGAGCUGAAGAAAACAUUUCCGUGAAGACCCAUUUUGGAGUACGAAAUCUAGCUCAGUCCAGGAGAAAGGCACACAGGGGAGAUGCCAGGGUUGAAGAUCAGUACAAGGAGCGCUAGUUCAGUCCUAUGGUAGAUAUAUAGUUGGAUGCUCGACUGCACACUGCAGCUUGGUGUUUGGGUCACAGGAACAUGAAUGGUCCCCCUGAUGUGAGACAGGAGGUGCUGUCCUUGUCCGCUUCACAGAGUGGACCCUUGGAAAGAUACAAAGGGUAUAAUUUGUGUCACGUCUGCUAGCCCCACCAAUAAAAGGAUUCUACAAGCACAAGGGCUUUAAUAUUCCGCAAAUCACAUUCUUCUGUGCAGGAGCUGGAGGCUUAAGGUUCGUCAUCAAGCAGAGGUGCUUUUAUGUGCUUAUGCAGCAUGGAGAAACCUUUGUGAGGGAUGAAUGCUGAGAACCGGGGGAACAAGUCAAAAGGCCACUGGUGCAAAUAGGAUACAACCAAAGGGACCCCAGACCACGCUAAUUAAGUAUGCUUAAGAAAAAAGGGUAAAAGUUAACAAGAUAAGAAAAUUGCAAUUGGACAUCCACGCUGUUAGGAUUCACAUCUUCAAUAAGUGUGGGAGGGGCCAGCUAGCAAACAUUCAGAAUGGUCUGCAAGUACAACAGCUGUCUCUUCUUCCUGAUCAGAAUUGGGCUACUUCUGAGCCAGAACAGUCAGUCAGUGAGCUCCUCUUCCUGUCCAUCAGCCUGCCGAUGUGAUGGAACUUUUGUCUACUGCAAUGAUCGAGAUCUUACCUCCAUCCCACUGGGCAUACCAAAAGAUGCUACCAUACUGUACUUGCAGAACAAUCGUAUUAAAAGUUCUGGCAUACCUGCAGAACUUCGUAGUCUCACCCAGGUAGAGAAGAUAUAUCUUUAUUGCAACAAUCUUGAUGAGUUCCCCACAAACCUUCCUAUAAAUGUCAAGGAGCUGCAUUUACAAGAGAACAAUAUUCGGGCUAUCACUUAUGCCUCACUUGCACAGAUCCCCUAUAUUGAGGAACUACACCUGGAUGACAACUCCGUAUCUGCUGUCAGCAUUGAGGAAGGAGCCUUCCGGGACAGCAACUAUCUCCGGCUGCUGUUCUUGUCCCGGAAUCAUCUGAGCUCUAUUCCAAUAGGACUUCCUAUGAGCAUUGAAGAGCUCCGCUUUGAUGACAACCGCAUCUCAUCCAUCUCCGAGGAAGCCAUGCAGCACCUCAUUAAUCUGAAACGACUGGUGCUUGAUGGCAAUCUCUUGAACAACAAGAGAAUAGGAGAAAUGGCUUUCGUGAAUUUGAUCAACCUCACAGAGCUUUCAUUGGUCCGCAACUCCUUCACGACUCCGCCUGCUAAUUUGCCAAGCACCAGCUUGGAGAAGCUGCAACUUCAGGACAACCACAUCAAGGUGGUGCCAGUGGGGGCGUUUGCCUUCCUUCGACAGCUUUACCGGCUGGAUCUCUCCGGAAACAACAUAAGCAGUUUGCCGCGGGGCCUCUUUGAUGACCUGGACAAUAUUACACAGCUGCUGCUCCGCAAUAACCCGUGGUACUGUGACUGCAGGAUGAAAUGGGUGCAGGACUGGCUACGUACACUCCCCGCUAAGGUCAACGUUCGUGGCUUGAUGUGCCAGAGCCCUGACAAAGUCAAAGGAAUGGCUGUCAAGGACCUUCCCACCGAUCUUUUUGACUGCACAGAAAUCCUUCCCACUUUGGACACUAGCACUGUGUUUUACACUUCACCCCCUUCUCGAGGAAAAUGGCCUGUUUUUGUGACAAAAAGACCUGUAGUCAAGGGACCUGAUCUCAGCAAUCACUAUCAUAGCACCACUCCCUCAGGCAGCAAAAUCAUUACCCUCAGUGUUAAGUCCCGUGGCGCAGAGACUGUGCAAAUAUCCUGGAAAGUGGCACACCCAAUGACUGCCUUGCGGCUUAGUUGGCUGAAGAUGGGACACAGCUCUGCGUUUGGGUCCAUCACCGAGACUAUAGUCCAAGGAGAAAGGACUGAAUAUUUGCUGACUGCUCUAGAGCCAGAAUCUCCAUAUAGGAUAUGCAUGGUUCCCAUGGAUACCAGUAACGUUUAUCUGUCUGAUGAAACACCUGUCUGUAUAGAAACAGAAACGGGAUCUCAAAAGGCAUACAAAACCACAACAACUCUGAACCGGGAGCAGGAGAAGGAGCUUUAUAAAAAUUUUAGUGUACCUUUAGUUACAAUAAUUGGAGGAGCCGGCGCUUUCCUGUUAAUCAUCACUGUAGCUUUGGUGGUAUGGUACGUCCACAGGAACGGGUCUCACUUCUCAAGACACUGUAACUACAAUAAGGGUCGGAGAAGAAAAGAUGACUAUGCAGAGGCAGGAACUAAGAAGGACAACACGAUCCUGGAAAUCAGAGAUGCGUCGUUUCAAAUGAUACCAAUAAAUCAUGGCAUCACAUCCAAGGAGGAGUUUAUGAUACAUACAAUUUUCCCAUCUAAUGGCUUGAGUCUGUACAAGAUCCCAGAAAAGGAAAAGACAUGCAACAGAAGUUACAGAGACAGUGGGAUACCAGACUUAGAUAAUGCUCAUUCAUGAUAAUGAAUUUCCAUGUAAAACCAUUGUAUAAAAUUAAUGUGAUCUGAACUUAUUAGUUUUUUUGCAAAACACUGGAUUUGACAGAUUGAAGUAGCAAUGUUCUCUACAUUUGCCAUAUUUAUAUUUAAAAACUUUUUUUAUUAAGAGGAAAGGUUUAGAUUGCAGGUUUAGAAAGCGGUCGGUGUUAUGUAACCAACUGCACUUAUAUAUUUUAGAAAUUUGUAGUAAUUUGUAUUGUAUUCUCAAGGUUAAAGGUUAAUGUUCAGCUAAAAUAUCAUGACUUGUAAACUGUGAAAGUGGGUUUUUAUUAAUGUGUUGAACAAUCAGACAUUUUCAAUUUGAGUCAGUUCACCGCAAAACUAGCAAAAGCACAGGAUUUUUAAAGGUUAUGUUUUAUAUAUACACAACAUGAGCAAAAAAUGUAAUGGAAAACAGACAGAACACCCCCCAUGUCACCUAAAAAAAUACAAAAAUAAAAUUGUGUUAUCUUAACAAAGAUGUAGAAAGUAUUUGGCAAAUUUUGAGCUUUAAUUCAUAAAUAUUUAUUCUGUUAAAUUUACUAGUAUCAGAAUGGAUGAAAGUCUGCAGUUAAACAUUCAAAGAGGCAGAACAUUUCAGUUUAUUAUAUUUGAUAUUAACCAUCACAGAAAGCUGCAUUUUUCUUUGCAACAUUGUCAAGUGUCUUUUUGUAAUCUGCUCCUUUUUUAAUUCAUGCACUUUUUGUUGCCAGGCAUCACAGUUAUUUGUCUUUUACAACUGAAAACCAAAGUGCAUUGUAUGCCCUUUGGCCAGUCUUGUAUGUGCCUUGAUCCAAUGCUUAUUGUAUUUAGCUUUUUAAAAAUCAGUGACUUACCUUUUUUCAUACACAUUUGAAUAUGAUAAAAUAAUGUUCAUAUUGCAGAAUAAA